CUUUUCAUCUAUCUCUCUUCUUUUCGUAAAAACCCAUAGAAGUCUUAUCUCCAUUUGUGUUUUGACUAUUUUCUAAAUUCAGAAAAACCAGUAGUCAGUUCAAUACAAAAAGAAGGUCAACCAUUGGGGUUUUGACUUUUCAGAGAGAACCAACCGAUUCAUGGUCGUGUGGCGUGUAAGGAUUUCUCAUUGGCUUUAAUAUUUGGCUAAUGACAUAUAUGAACGAUACCACAACAAAUUUAGGUCUCGCAGUCGAUAUUACUAACCAGUGGCAAAAUAGUAAUAUGGCUGCAGGUGCAGGUGCAAAUGCAAAUUCAAGGGUAGAUAUGAUGCCUUUUGUGGGGUCCGAUACAUUAGCCGAGCUAGUUUGGUCUCCACGAAUAGGUUUAAGCAUCAAAUUUGUCGAGAAGAAACCGUGUUUUAUGUGGGACAAUGGCCCAAGUGAUAUUAGUGGUCCACAACACCAAAGAGCAUCCGAACAAUUAUCUAAACAUGUAUCUGAAGAGGAAAUGGCUAGCUGUGUUGAUGGGUCAGAAUCUGAUAUUAAAUCACCUUUGAAAAUCGAACCUUUGACUCAAUGUGAGCCUCAAGAACAUGUUGAAAAGGGUAAUGUUAAAAUUGAAAAAGAUGGUUGCAUUAACGACCCUUCUCUUGAAAAUACCCAAGAUGAGAAACACAAGGUUGAUAACCAUGGAAGCAUGGAAAGUUGCAAAAGUGGUAAUUUGUUGACUAAAAGGAAGAGGAGAGUGAGCUUUGAACAACAAUUGGUUCUUGGAACUAGUGUAAUAAAGAAGCAACGCCAUGUUGGAAAUGAUGUUUCUUUCAUGAACUGGAUAUCAAAUAUGUUGAAAGGUUUAAAAUCCCAAGAGAAUCAAAGUGUUUGUGACAAAACCCAGAGUUUAGAGAGCCGAAAAAUGGGAUUUCAAAGUGUUUUUCGCUCUCUCCCUUUACAAGAUGUGAAGGCACAUGAACCAAUAACACAAGUUGACAAAUGUAGUCAUGAAUCCCUCGAUUUUCUAAAUAUAAAAAAGAAAGAGGUCAAGGGUGUUGUGAAACAUAUAAGUUUGUAUGAAAGAGUAACUAAAGAAGCACCAAAAGAUAUCUUUGACACUAUAAGGAGGCUUAGGUUAUUACGUACAGAUAUCCUCAAGUGGACGAAUUCUGGAUUGUCGUUUGCACAUUUAGAUGGGUAUUUUCUACGUUUACGGGUUGCCAAUUGGGCAGAGGGAGCAGGGGGAUCAAGGUACUAUGUUGCAUGCAUAACAGGGUUACAAGGAGAAAACCCAUGGAGAGGUCUGAAGCAACCUAUUCCUGUUAAAGUUGGAGGUGUUGAAUGCUUGGUAGAAAGUCAAUAUGUCUCUAAUUGCGAUUUUAUGGAGGAUGAACUUAUAACAUGGCGGCAAAAAGCGUCGACAAAUAAAGGGACUCCAUUUGUUAAAGAUUUGAACUCAAAGUUACCUGAGAGGAAAACAUUGGGUUUGUAGUUCAUGGAAACAACACAAAUGAACGUCGUGUGGUAAGGGGAGAAGUUUGAUGUACACAUCCAUAUAUACUUCCACCUGAGGGGUAGAGAACUCCUUCCAUAGGUGACUUUCAACAACAAAGUGUGCGCCAUACAUGGGUUGGCGUGCUUUUACGUGCGACUUAAAGGGGAUUUUGGUUGUCACAGCAAUAAAGUGUUUUUUUUUUGUUUCCUUGCUUAUCUAAGAGAAAAUUACAUUGUAGUAGAUAAUUGCAGUUUAAUGGUUUUGGAUUGUAGUUCCUGAAAGAUAUCCGUAUG